GAGGAGGCAGCUGAUUUUUUUUUUUAGUGGGGAAAAGACUCACUACACAGUUAGUUCUCUCCUGCCAGACGGGAAACGCGGAUCGUUUUUUUUUUAAGAGGGGGGGGCUUUAAAAAACUAAUGACAACGGACAGCUGGCUGUAUAACGGAAAAAAAGGGGAACCGAGCUUGUAAUUAGCCCCCUUUAAAAUUAACGACGUUGGAGUUUUAGAAGGGGUCGUUUUUUUUUUUCUCCGGAGGUUUGUGAUGCUGGUUGCCCGCGCGCCCCGCUCCCUGUUGUGCGUGCUGAGUUGCGCGUGGUGGCUGCACGCAUCCCGACUCAAGUCUCCAGCUCUGCCCAUCCAGUCCGAGAGGGAACCGCUGCCCUCCAAAGGCUCCUCAGGAUGUUCCUUUGGAGGUCGGUUUUACUCUCUGGAAGACAUGUGGCACCCAGAUCUCGGGGAGCCCUUCGGCGUCAUGCACUGUGUCCAGUGCUACUGCGAGCCUCAGAAGAGUCGUCGCGGUAAGGUGCUUGGAAAAGUGAAUUGCAGAAACAUCAAACAGGACUGCCCGGAACCGGACUGCGACGAUCCGGUCCUGAGGCCUGGUCAUUGCUGCAAAACCUGCCCGAAAGGUGUCGCUGACCACAAACUGGCCGACCCUCUGCUGGACAGCUUCGAGUAUUUCCACGAGAAGGGCAAAGAGGACGAUCUCCACAAGUCCUACAACGACAGAUCCUACCUGAGCUCGGAGGAUACGAGCCCGGGGGAGAGCCGGACCGAUUUCGUGGCCCUGCUGACAGGAGUGACAGACUCAUGGCUGCCCGGCUCCAGUGGAGUUGCCAGAGUUCGUUUCACUCUGACCAGAAGCAGCUUGGCCUUCUCCGUCACAUACCAGAGAAUGGAGCGCCCUGGAAAAAUCGUCUUCCUGGAUUCAGAUGGGAGCGCCGCUUUUGAGUAUAAAGUCCCCAGGGGACAGUCAGACAUGAUCUGUGGAGUCUGGAAGAACGUGGCGAAACCUCUCAUUCGGCAGCUUCAAUCCGAGCAAAUGCACAUCAGCAUGAGCACAUCUGCGGGCCGGAGAGAAGAAGUGGAGGGGAAGAUCAUCAAGCACAGGGCGCUGUUUGCCGAAACGUUCAGCUCGGUGCUGACCUCGGAGGAGGAGAACUCGGGCAUGGGGGGGAUCGCCCUGUUAACGCUGAGCGACACGGAGAACAACCUGCACUUUAUCCUCAUCCUGCAAGGUCUGACCAGACACAAAGAAAAAGAACCCCAUUUGGUGCCUAUUCGGGUUCAGCUGAUGUACCGCCAUCAUGUCCUGAGAGAGAUCCGAGCCAACAUCACUUCUCACGAUCCAGAUUUCGCAGAGGUGCUGACGGACCUGAACGGCCGAGAGCUCUUCUGGUUGUCUCGCGGUCAGCUGGAGAUCGCCGUGGCGACCGUGGGCCAUCGACACCGAGAGAUCUCCGGUUUCAUCACCGGGAGAAAAUCUUGCGACACCAUUCAGAGUGUGAUGUCCAGUGGAGAUGCGCUGACCCCGGGGAAGACUGGAGGUGUGGGAUCUGCGGUCUUCAGCCUCCAUGACAACGGAACGCUGGACUAUCUGGUCCAGGUGGCGGGCCUGACCAGCGAUGUGGUCGGUCUCGGGAUCGAGCUGAAGCCGCGGCGGCGAAACAAGCGCUCCGUCCUUUACGACCUGACCCCGGAGUUCAGCAGGUCCACGGGCCGGGCGGCGGGCAGCUGGAGCCGUCUGGAGGCCCGCCACAUCCACAUGCUGCUGCAGAACGAGCUCUUCAUCAACGUGGCCACGGUCCACAACCAGGAAGGGGAGCUUCGGGGUCAGAUCAAGGCCCUGCCCUAUAGUGGCCUGGAACUGCCCAGACACGAGCUGCCCAUCCCUCUGGCUGGCCACUUCGUGUCCCCCCCGGUCAGAACCGGUGCGUCCGGCCACGCCUGGGUGUCCGUGGACAAACAGUGCCACCUGCACUACGAGAUAGUAGUGGCGGGCCUCAGUAAGGCCGACGACCUGACCGUCAACGCUCACCUACACGGGCUGGCCGAGAUCGGCGAACUGGCCGACAGCAGCACCACGCACAAGCGGCUCCUGACCGGCUUCUACGGCUCGCAGGCUCAGGGAGUUUUGAAAGAAAUCGGCGUGGAACUGCUGACGCACCUGGACCAGGGAACGGCCUUCGUUCAAGUUAGCACCAAGAUGAACCCUCAAGGAGAAAUACGAGGACGGGUCCAUGUUCCAAACAGUUGCAGGUUUGGGGCGGGGGGGGAGGUGGAGGAGGCCGAGCUGGAUGACCUUUUCGCGAAAGACCCCGAGGAGCUGAAGAAAGACCCCCAGACCUGUUUUUUCGAAAACCAGCACCACGCCCACGGUUCCCGCUGGACACCCAACUACGACAAGUGCUUCUCGUGCAGCUGCCAGAAGCGAACGGUAAUCUGCGAUCCGGUCAUCUGUCCAGUGUUGACCUGCCCCAGGACCGUUCAGCCCGAGGACAAGUGCUGCCCGAUGUGUGACGAGAGGAGGGAGCCCAAAGACAUGAAGGCUUCAGAGCGAGUCGAUGAACACCCCGAGGGUUGCUACUUUGAAGGCGACCAGAAGAUGCAUGCCCCAGGAACCACAUGGCAUCCGUUUGUUCCUCCCUUUGGGUUCAUCAAAUGUGCGGUCUGCACUUGUAAGGGAUCCACGGGAGAGGUUCACUGUGAGAAAGUGACCUGUCCUCUGUUGACCUGCAGUCACCCGGUGAGACUAAGUCCCUCGGACUGCUGUAAGGAGUGUCCUGAGGAAGAGAGGAUCGCCCCCGGCCUGGAGCACAGAGACAUGAUGCAGGCGGACGGCCCCAGACACUGCAAAUUCGGAAAGAACUAUUACCAGAACAGCGACAGCUGGCACCCCUGGGUGCCGCUGGUGGGCGAGAUGAAGUGCAUCAACUGCUGGUGUGACCACGGUGUGACCAAGUGUCAGAGGAAACAGUGUCCAGUCUUGACCUGCUCUAGCAUCACCCGUACAGAGGGCUCCUGCUGUCCAGAAUGUGCCGAUUACAAAGAAGAAGACGAUUCCACGAUGAAAGCGUCGGAUAAAAGGAGAACGCGGAGACACUGAUCCCCGGAUGCACGCGUCUAAAACAGCCCCCCCGACCCCUCCAUCCUCCCCACAUGGACCAAACCCCCCCCCCAGGGAACCGUGAACUGGGCUCCCCCCUCCUCCCGGCACCUCACCCGACACCCACCCAGUUUUCAGCUUUAAGAUUGUAACGAGGAGAGCGGAGAGGAGCGAAACGGAACGAAAGUAAGAGACUUUAAAACCAAGGAUGGAAGCCACGGAGGGGGACCGACCUAACGCCAAUCGCCAGCUGCCUCCUGCUCCCCGUUUUUGCUCGUUUUUGCUCCGAGCAGCUCAGCGAGAAUUGAGGGGGAAGCUGUGAAUCCAACACGGCUGUUCCACCGGGACAGAAAUCCAGCUGGAUUUUAGUGUCGGUCACCGCCUGAGCCUUAUUUCAACAGACAGAGCUUCCUUUUGAAGCAAAGCCAUAGUCACAUGGUGUCACUGGACACGGCGAGCACGAUUGUGUGAGUGAAGGUAUACGUGUGUAGCUUUAAGGUUUAUUUUUUUUAUUUUCGAUAAAGAGCGCGACUUAGUCAGUACACAUGCCAGAAGAGAGAGAAAAAAAAAACCCGGAUAAAAUGUCAGUACGUGUCUCUUCCCACUUGUCUUAUGAGAAUAAAUUUCCACCCGUAAAAUCCUGUCGGGACCGUUUCUGUCUGUCUGGAAGAAAAAACUGUUUGUCCCUAUCUCGAGGAAUAAGGAAGUCAGUCGCUUUGAAUGAGAUUUUCAGCUGUCGUGGGAAAUGGAGCUGAUUUGUAUUUUGUAUUUAUUAAAUAGUGUGGAUUCAAAA